GACAGCGAAUAAAACCAAAGCGAGGUCAUCAUCAUCCCAUUCUACUUGCCAACCGCCAAGGAACCAAACGUAUCAACCGUCCGGCGUAUUCUAACCAACAGCUAUGCGUGAAAUCGUCCAUGUUCAAGCCGGCCAGUGUGGAAACCAGAUUGGUGCAAAGUUUUGGGAAGUGAUCUCAGACGAGCAUGGCAUUGAUCCAACUGGAACCUACCAUGGUGACUCAGAUCUGCAGCUUGAGCGCAUAAAUGUUUACUACAAUGAAGCUACUGGGGGAAAAUAUGUACCUCGUGCAGUUCUUUUGGACUUGGAGCCUGGCACAAUGGAUUCAGUCCGCUCUGGGCCAUUUGGUCAAAUUUUUCGGCCAGACAACUUUGUAUUUGGUCAGUCUGGUGCAGGUAACAACUGGGCCAAAGGCCACUACACAGAAGGAGCAGAGCUGGUUGACUCAGUUUUAGAUGUAGUACGAAAAGAGGCUGAAAGCUGCGACUGCUUGCAAGGUUUCCAGAUGACCCACUCGCUGGGUGGUGGCACUGGUUCAGGCAUGGGCACACUUCUUAUCUCUAAGGUUCGGGAAGAAUACCCAGACAGGAUCAUGAACACAUUCUCUGUUGUUCCUUCACCAAAGGUCUCGGAUACAGUUGUUGAACCGUACAAUGCAACACUCUCGGUGCAUCAACUGGUUGAAAACACAGAUGAAACUUACUGCAUUGACAAUGAGGCCUUGUAUGACAUCUGUUUCCGCACUCUUAAACUGACAACCCCUACAUACGGUGAUCUUAACCAUCUGGUUUCAGCAACGAUGUCAGGUGUCACAACAUGUCUACGUUUCCCAGGCCAGUUAAAUGCUGAUCUACGCAAACUAGCUGUCAAUAUGGUGCCCUUUCCUCGUCUACAUUUCUUCAUGCCUGGCUUUGCCCCACUAACCUCCCGAGGCUCUCAGCAGUAUCGGGCUCUUUCAGUACCAGAGCUGACCCAGCAAAUGUUUGAUGCCAAGAACAUGAUGGCUGCCUGCGAUCCACGUCAUGGUCGCUACUUGACAGUGGCGGCAAUUUUCCGUGGUCGCAUGUCCAUGAAAGAGGUCGAUGAACAAAUGCUUAAUGUACAGAACAAAAACAGCAGCUACUUUGUUGAAUGGAUCCCAAACAAUGUGAAAACAGCUGUUUGUGACAUUCCACCUCGUGGACUCAAAAUGUCUGCCACUUUUAUUGGAAACUCUACUGCUAUCCAAGAGCUGUUCAAGCGCAUUUCUGAGCAGUUCACAGCUAUGUUCAGGCGUAAGGCUUUCCUUCAUUGGUACACUGGUGAGGGUAUGGAUGAAAUGGAAUUUACAGAAGCAGAGUCCAACAUGAAUGAUCUGGUAUCAGAAUACCAACAGUACCAAGAUGCAACAGCUGAGGAGGAAGGAGAAUUUGAGGAGGAGGGAGAAGAGGAUCAAUAAUCUGCAAUACCAUUGGACCAGUUAGCUUGGACAUUGGAACAAAAUGUAUGCACACUCAAACAUACAUGCUCAAACAUGCACAAUCUCUAGCAUGAACACUAUUUUUGGUUCUAUAACUCUUUUCAGCAUUGUCCAUAUUUUGUGAUGGUAAGGUAGCUUUUUCUUUUCUUUCUUUUUUUUUUUUUGUUGUUUUUUUUUUUUUUUUGCCUUUUAUUAGAGUAUUUUUGCUUUAUAAUAUGAACUUGUACAAAUCUGCUCUACCAGCUGAAAACAUAAAGAAAGCAUCUUCAAAUUGUUUCCAUCUUUUU